UGGAGGGGCCGCAGGAGCCGAGGUGUCGCUGCAGGUUCACUCUCCCGUGUGCUAGGCUUGGUGGGAAGGCCUGCUCUCGAGUCUGUGCUUUUCAUUGUCGCCAUGUCCGGAGGUGGUGUGAUUCGUGGCCGGGCAAGGAACAACGAUUGUCGCAUCUACGUGGGUAACUUACCUCCAGACAUUCGAACCAAGGACAUUGAGGAUGUGUUCUACAAAUACGGCGCUAUCUGCGACAUCUAUCUCAAGAAUCACCGCGGAGGACCACCCUUCGCCUUCGUUGAGUUCGAGGACCCGCGAGACGCGGAAGAUGCGGUGAAUGGUCGCCACGGCUAUGAUUACGAUGGAUACCGUCUGCGGGUUGAGUUUCCUCGAAGGGGCUACUGGGGUGGAGGUGGCGGAGCACCCCGAGGCCGCUAUGGCCCCCCAUCCAGGCGACCUGAGAACAGAGUGGCUGUCUCUGGACUGCCUCCAAGUGGAAGCUGGCAGGAUUUGAAGGAUCACAUGCGUGAAGCAGGUGAUGUAAGUUAUGCUGAUGUUUACCGAGAUGGCACUGGUAUCGUGGAGUUUGUACGGAAAGAAGAUAUGACCUAUGCAGUUCGAAAACUGGAUAACACUAAGUUUAGAUCUUAUGAGGGAGAAACUGCCUACAUCCGGGUUAAAGCUGAUGGGCCCAGAAGUCCAGGUUAUGAAAGAUCUCGAUCUCAAAGCGGCCGUAGCAGAAGCCGUAGCAGAAGCCGUAGCAGAAGCCGUAGCAGAAGCAACAGCAGGAGUCGCAGUUACUCCCCAAAGAGAAGCAGAGGAUCACCACACUAUUCUCCCCGUCAUAGCAGAUCUCGCUCUCGUACAUAAGAUAAUUGGUGACGGCCCUAGACAGCUUGGCUCAGUGGAUAGAGCCUCGGCCUGCGGACUGAAAGGUCCCAGGUUCCAUUCCGGUCAAGGGCAUGUACCUUGGUUGCC